AAUAAUAUAGCUGAUAAGAAUAAUGAAGAUAUUAAUUCUAUUAACAAAGAGAAAUUUACAAAUAUAAAUAACUUUUAUAAUUCAUAUAUUUAUUAUAAUAACAUAAAAAAUUGUAAAAAUAAUGUAAAUUCUAAUAUUUUUAGUGAUAAAAACAUUUGUAAAAGUUGUUCAAUUAUAAAAAACGAAAAAGAUAUUAUUAAUUGUUAUGAAAAUAGUCCUGUAAAUUAUUUUAAAGUGAAUAGUAAUAAUAUAAAUAAUAGUGUAUAUAAUAGCAUAAAUAAUAUAAAUACCUGCAUAAAUCAUGACUACUCUUAUAUUAUAAAUGAUUCAAGUGUUUUACCAGAUGAUAAUUUAUUAUUUAAUAAGCAAUUUAUUAUUGGAAAUUUAAUUGAAGCAAUAAAAAAAAUCAAUUUUUUAAAAAAUUUCGGAUAUGAAUCAUUAUAUGAUAUUUUAAAAGAGAAAUAUAACAAAUUUUUAUUAGAGAAAGAUAAUAUUGAAUCAAACACAUUAUAUAAUAUAAUAAAGCAUGUAAUUAGAUACAAUUAUAUAAAUGAUGUUAUAAAUAAUCCAUUUACUAUUUAUCAGAAUUCUAUUAGAAAUAUAUCUAGUAAUAAAUUCGCUAUUAAAAUAUUAAAUAUUGAUUCAUGUAAUAUAUUUAAAUUAAAGUAUAAAAUACACAGCUUGCUAUCAGAAGGAAAACAGCUUAAAAGUAUAAAUACUGAAAUUUUGAAUUAUUUACGAAAAAAAAAUUUAUCAAAGGGAAAAUUAAAAAAUUCUAAUAAAAGUGAUAAAAUAAUUUUUGAUGAAAAUUUUAAAUGUAAUAAUUAUGGUUUAAAGUUAAAUAAAAGUUUUAAUUUAUCAACUAAUUCAUUUCCAUUAUGCUAUCAAAAAUUAUAUAACGAAAGAAAUAUAAUAGAAAAUGUUAUAAAAAAUAAUUCUAAAGAUAUGAAUACUAAUUGCAACAUAGAUAAUCCAAUAAAUAACUAUCAAAAUAAUAGUAAAAAUAAUAUUAUUAUUAACAGGGAUAGUGUUAUUAAUCAUAAUUACAACAGAAGCGAUAAUAAUAUUAUUGGUAUCAAAAAUAUUAAUAGCAAAAAUGCCAAUAGCGGUAAUAGUAAUAUAAACAGUAUUAAUGAUAGUCCUAGUGAUGAUAAUAACAAACCAGUUUAUUCAAAUAUUACUGGAAAGUUUUCUAAUGUAAUUAAUAGCAGUAAAUUUCCUUUUGUUUGUAAGCAAUGCUUAAAUAUAUUUUAUGAUAAAGAAAUUAUUUUAUUAGAUAAAUUGAAUACAAAUCUAGAUAUAUCCAUUUUUAAUAAAGAUUUUGAAAUGAAUAACAAAAAUAUUAUUUGCAGUGAUAAUAUAAAAAAAGACAGUAAGAAUAUUGAAAAUUUUAAUUAUACAAAUAAUAAAUGGAAUGUAAAGGUAGAUGAUAAUUUGGCAGCAAAUAAAAAUAUACCUGAAGUAAAUAAUAAAAAGAAAAAUAAAAAGGACAAUAAUGAAAAUUUGAAAAAAAAAAAAAGUAGUAACGAAAAUAUAAAUAUAAGAAAAAAAGUAAAAAAUGAAAAAAUAAAAAGAAAACAAAAAUGUAAUAAUAAUCAAGAAAAAAAAAUGAAGAAUAAUAAGGAUCACGAUAAAUCUUCCAAUAAAAAGGAAACGAAAUUAAUAAUUAAAAAUAUUGGCAAAAAGAAAAAAAGGAGAUUAAAUGUAAAAAAAAAAAAAAUAACAAAAAAUAAUAUAAAAAAAAAUUAUAAAGAGUGUAUGAAUGAAAAAGAAAAUAUGCAAAUUAAUUAUGUUUCAAUGAAUCCUCAUUCAUGCAAAUUCAUACCAUGUAAACUUCCAUCAUAUAAAACAUCACCGUGCAAUUCAAUGUCUUAUAAUCCAAUUUCAUGUAGCUGCAUGUCUGAAAAUUAUAGAUCAUGUAAUUAUUUAAUUAGUAAUUAUAUUUCUUGUAAUUCUUUUAAUUUUUUUAUAAAUAACUUGAAAAAUAUUAAAUUCAAUGUAUGCAAAAGUUGUGAAGAGGAGAAAGAGAAAUGUGAAGAGUAUAUAACAAAAGAAUUAAAGAAAAAUUAUUCAAAUUCAAUUCCUAAAUAUUUAUGGUCAUCUAUUGGAGUUACAAAGGAUAAUGAAGAUGUUUUAGGAGUAGCAAUGCAAAUGAUUGAGGGUUGCACUUUAACAUACAUUAUUCAAAAAUUAAAAGGAACAGAUAAUGUAAAUUAUGGUUUGUUUUUAUUAGAUAUUUGUAAAAAGUUAGUCAAACAUUUAAUGAUAAUAUGUGAAUCAAUUGACAACCCUAUUAUUAAUUGGGAUACAAAACCAGGUAAUAUUAUGAUUGAAUAUGAAAUGAUAAAUUCAAAAAUUUCUUGCAAAAAUGUUACUAUUAUAGAUAUAGGGGAUGCAUUACCAGGUAGAAGUUUUUUUUUCCCUACUAAUCCUUCAUAUUAUGAAAAAAUAAAAAUUAAUAACGUUCAAAAAAAUUUCAAUAAUUUUUUGUAUUAUGUAAUUUGUACCAAAGGAUAUUGCUCUCCCGAAUGUGCUCUUUUGGUUUUUUUAUUAUCAUCACUAAACAAAUCUGAUCAAUUUAGAAAAACAUGGUAUGGUUGUGACUCAGAUAUUUAUCAUAUCAAUAAAACCAAACAAUUGAGAAUCAAGUACAGAUGGAAAAAGUUAUUGGAACUUUGUUUUAUUCAAGCAAUUGUCAAAAAAAAGGAACAUCUUAUUCAUGAAAAAUCAUCGAAUCAAAUAUAUCAAAAAAAUAGUUGCGUCAGUACAGAUAAUAACAUUUCUACUCAUGUAGCUAAAAACACUGAUAAUAAAAUAAAUUGUUCUCAAAAAAAUAGUAUUUGUCCAUAUAUAUUUUAUACUAAUACUAAUAAUUAUAAAGAUGAUUAUCAUAAUAUGGAUUGUUAUCAAAAUCAUUGUAAUAAUUUGAGUAAUUAUAAAAAAAACUAUGAUAACGAUAAUAUGAGUAAAUAUAAAAACAGUUAUAAUCAUAUGAAUGAUUUUAAAAAAAUUUCUGUUAAUAAUAUGAAUUCUCAUAAAGAUGAUUAUAAUAACAUUUUAAACGAGAAUACAAAUAAUUUCAAUGAUAAUUGUGAAUUUAAAGGAUCUUUUUUGAAGGAAACAAAUAAUAUUUUUAAUUCUAAUUUAAUCCAAGAUGAAAGAUUAAAAAAGAAACAAAAAAAUGAUGAUUUAAAUGAUGUCUUAAAAGAUUAUUAUUUAAACAAAGUGUGUACACAUGAUAUAAUUGAUAAUGGUUCCAAAGAGCAUUACUCAGAUAGUGAAGAAAUAAAAGAAUAUUUAUACAAUAAAGAAUUAGAAAAAAAGGAAACAGAAAAUAAAUUAAUUGACUCUGAAAAAAAGAAGAAAAAAAAAAAAGAAUAUGAAAAUUUAAAAUCACCUAAUAUUGAUACAUGGAUAAUUAAGUUUACUACAAAAACAACAAUUUUCAGUGUUGGUUUAGUACUAUGUCAAUUAUUUGGAGGCCAAAAUUUGUUAAAUAUUGUUAACAAAAAUGAAGUAAAAGUAGUUGAUAUAUUGUGUGAGUGGAAUUGUAAAAACAGUACUAACAUAUAUUCAGGAGAAAAAAAUAUUACUAUCAAAGAUCUACUGCCAACUAAAGGAAUAUUUUCUAAUAAUAUAUGGAAAAAUAAAAUUAAAAAAAUAAUUAAAAAAUGUUUACAAUUCAUACCAUCUCGAAGAUGCACAUUUGAAGAAUUAUAUACAGAUUUAAAAAAUUUUAAAAAAGAAUUUGAAGAAUAUUAUAAUUUAAAUGACUCUUCUACUAUUACUUCAUAA